AUGACUUCCGACACUGUCCCUCUUAUUGAUUUCGCCAAGUUCGACGACGGCAGCGUGGAGGAGCGUCGCCGGAUCGGCAAGCAGGUGGUGGAUGCCAUGACCCACGUUGGGUUUCUGUACAUCAUCAACCACGGGAUCUCCCAGCAGGACCAGGAGCGCAUGUUCCAAUGGAGCGAGACGUUCUUCAAGCUCUCUGAAGAGCAGAAGUCCAAGUGUAGCCAUCCCGAGAACGGGGCCCACCAUCGCGGCUGGUCGCAUGUGGGAAGAGAGAAGGUGGUCCAGAUGGUGUUUGAUAAGAGUCAGAUCGAGGAGCUGCGCAAGAAACCAGACGUGAAAGAGUCCUUUGAUAUGGGAAACGAGGAGAACAAAGAGUUGGCCAACUUCUGGCCCGACCAGGAUGACAUUCCUGCUUUCAAGGAGUACUGUUUGUACUACUACAAGCUGUGCACCGUGCUAUCCAAAAAAGUGCUGCGUGCAAUUGCUUUGGGUAUGGGUCUUGACGAGGAGUUUCUAACUUCGUACCACACGAAGUCUAACAACCAGCUCAGACUGCUGCACUAUCCGCCCACCUCCACUGCAGACCUCAAGACCGGGAAGAGCGAGCGGAUUGCUGCACACACUGAUUUCGGCACCUUCACCAUGCUUUUGCAGGACCAGUGCGGCGGUCUCCAGGUGGAAUCGCCCCACGACAAGGGCCACUUCAUCUCGGCACCAUGUAUUCCUGGCUCCCUGGUGAUCAACACGGGCGAUUUCCUCAUGAGAUGGUCCAACGACAAGCUCAAGUCGACUCUCCACCGAGUCACAGCUCCGCCUAUCGACUCGCAAACAGGCAUGUCCAAGGUCAGGUACUCGAUUCCGUACUUUGUUGCCGCAGACAGAGACGAGCUUGUGGACGCUCUUCCAGGAACAUUCACCGAAGAGAACCCAAAGAAAUAUCCGCCAAUCACCUCCGGUGACUAUCUGGCUAUGAGACUCAACGCUACAUACACUUGA